AUGGUUGGAGCACAAACACUGAUCAACAUUCAUAAGAGACUUAAAGAGAUUAAGGAUGAAAUGAGUGAAGAUGUCCCAUUCGGUGGUGUUUCAGUAUUAGCAGUUGGUGAUUUACUACAACUACCACCAGUUGGAGAUUCUCCCGUGUUUGCUUUUCCAAACAAUCCAAUGCAUCGUCUAUCCAUGUCUCCGUGGGAAAAACACUUUCAAUACAUUGAAUUAACUGAAGUACAAAGACAACGGGGAGAUCCUCUUUUUGCAGAUAUACUGAAUAGAGUCAGAGCUGGAAACCAAACCACAGAAGACAUAUCGGUGUUAUCUUCAAGAAUUUCAGAGCAAUCUAUCAACUGUCUGCACAUAUUCCCGACGAAUCAACAGGUGAAUGCCUAUAAUGAGCAGAAGUUACAAGAAUUCUCAGACGCAGCUACCAUUACAAUCGAAUGUCAUGAUCACUUCAGUGUUGAUGGUUCAAGAAAACUACAUAUUCCUGAAAGUCGUCACUUGACUGAUGGAUUCUAUUCAGUGCUUCGUCUUGCAGUUGGAUCAAGGGUUUCUAUUGUAAAGAAUUUGGACAUAUCUGAUGGAUUAGUCAAUGGAGCAAAUGGCAUUAUUUCCAGUAUAAGAAUAAACAAGGACCAUCCCUUGGGCGGUGUAAUAGUGAUUAAAUUUGAAAAUGAGCAAAUUGGAAAAUCGGCAAGAUACACACUUCCACCUUCCCUUCAGUCACACGGUGUUCCAAUUACAGUUACAACAUCUCGAUUCUCUCUGGGCAGUGAGUCUACCGUUGUAGUAAACAGAACACAAUACCCACUUACUCUUGCUUGGUCUGCAACGAUCCAUAAAGAACAAGGGCAGACAGUGGAUGAAGUUUCACUUUCGUUUGAUGUGGCUCGAUUUACGGCAGGCCAGGCAUAUGUUGGAUUAAGUAGAGUUCGAUCCUUAUCAGGCCUUCAGUUAGCAAACUUUGAUGAAAAGAAAAUCAAGGUAAACAAAACAGCUCUUUCAGAAAUGGAAAGGCUAACUUUUAGUAGACUUUUACCAAAGUAUCAGCCCAUUGAACUUGAUGACUUGCAACAAAAUAACAGAAUUGGCAUUGUUCAUCUACAUAAGGUCUUAUAA